CUAAGAUCAAACUGCAUGAGGUCAAAAAAUUAAAUUAAGUGCACAUGAAAUCAAUACUCUGCAUAUAAAUUAUGUACAAAACUAUAAACAUAUACAAAGGUAUAGUGAGAUUGAAAAGGAAACCAAAGUAAUGUAAGUUUAAAGUUUUCUGCAUGAGAUUUGUUAAAUGUAGCAAUAAUUUUUUCAUCCAUGGCCUUUUUUCUGACAAUGUAAGGCAACAGAAAGAAUUUAAAUAGGACGACAAUGUCUAAUAAAUAUAUGCAAUUUGCAGAGAUUAAACACAGGAACUUGUAUGAACAAUAGCUGACAUCUACAACAACAGCUGACAUCUACAGCAGCCCAACUAGAAGAACAGUGGCAACCUGUUACCUAACCAUAUUUCUUUGAGAAAAUAAAGAGCAAAUAAAUACUAUUUGGACUCACUUUUUAUAUUAUUUGGCAAUACAAGUUCCUGUGAGAUUCGAGAACCACUUUUGAACUUGUACAUUUAACAAAUCUCUCGAUGUGUCUAAAUACUUCAAAAUUUCAUGUUGUUAGCAAUUUAUUCUCUAGCAUCUUGGCAAAACAAAGCACUUAAAUUGUUAACUUUUUCUUUAGAGACGGUAAACAUGUGAUUUGUUGUGAAAAACUUGCAACAUAGCACUUAAUUUUUAACUUUUUCUUUAGAGACAGUGAACAAGUGAUUUGCCAUACGCGUAGAAAAGCUUAAAGACAAGAUGCUUUAUGAGUUCCUUUUAGCCAGCACAGUGCUGUGUUUAACAUAUAACAUUUACAAGUACAUGGUCAAGAAAACCAUAAAACUUCCAGGACCCAGAGGCUUACCAAUCAUUGGAAACAUCCAUAGCUUCAUUUUGGGUGGGGGCCCAGUUUGGCAAGUCCAGAAAUGGGCAAAAGAAUAUGGCGAUGCAUUCAAAAUAAGCAUUCUUGGUGCAGAAAUUGUCAUUCUGAGUGAUUAUGAUAGUAUCUACGAUGCCUUGGUGGUAAGAUCAAAUGAUUUUGCUGGAAGGCCUUUCGAUAAAUCAUACGGAGUCAAGGAAUGGUUUAAUAGCAACAUAGCCACUAAUGACUUUACACCAACAUUUAGAACCUACAAGAAACUAGGAUUACGUGGACUAAAACAGCAUGGGGAUGGAAUCAGUAGAAUUGUGAACAUAUCCAAUGAAAACAUAAGCCAGACAGUAAAGGAGUUCAAAGAAGAAAAUGGUGAACCUUUCCAGCCUCACAUGAAACUUCAAAAUCUCUUAUGUCGGAUCAUUGUAUGUAUGCUGCUUGGUGAAAAUACGCCCUAUGAAGAAAAUGAUGGUGAAUUUGCUAGAAGAUGGUUAGAUGACCUCGAAGUAGCAACAAAUGGACCGUUUUUCUAUCUAUUAGAGAUGUUUCCAGUGACACGCUUCUUUGGCAACCCUGUUUAUCCGAAAAUGACUGAAUUGAUGGAAUGUCGUGAUAAACAUUUCACAGAGUGGAUUGAAAGAUUCAAACUUCAUAAACAGGAAAGUGGCGAGAGGACCCUUAUAGACGAGUUACUGAUCGCUAAGGAUGAAGGCACAAUAACAGAUGAUGGUAUUUUUGGAAUCAUGACUGAUACUUUCAGCGCAGGAGUUUUCACAACAUUUACAACUACAUCCGGAUUCCUACUCGCAAUGACGAACUAUCCAGAUAUCCAAAAUAACCUUCACAAGGAAAUUGAUUGUGUGAUUGGCAAAGAACAGCUACCGGAACUAUCAGAUCGUGAGAAGAUGCCAUAUAUGGAGGCAACGAUUCUUGAAACACUGCGAUAUAUGUCAAUAGUGGCAACAAACGUGCCACAUAAAACUACUUGUGAUACCCAUAUAGCUGGAUGUGAUAUCCCAAAGGGAACACAGGUUUGGAUGAACUUAUAUGGCAUGCACCAUGAUAAGCGUUACUUCAAACACAACCCAGAUUCCUUUGAUCCUACAAGAUUCCUUGAAUCUGACGGCAAUCUAGUUCCACAUGAAGAGAGGAAAGCAUUACUGGCAUUUGGAGCAGGUAGACGUGUCUGUAUGGGAGAAGUUCUAGCAAAAACCAGGAUGUUUCUCCUCUUUACACAGCUUUUACAAAACUUUCACUUUGAGCAUGCUGACCCUAAAAAUCCAGUCCUGUUUGAUAUGAGGAAAUUCAUAACUUCACCAACCCUUUUAUUGACACCAAAGUUCAAGAUAGUAGCAAAGCCUCGUUAGAAGUGGAACAUGCCGUGAUUUAAACUUUAGUAGCAAUGCCUUGUAAAAUUGUUUCAAGCCUAUCAAGAGCAUUGUGAGGUCUGGUAGUAAGUGCCAGUACCUGGAUCACAGGGAAAUGGAGAUAAACUGGGAGAAAGUCCCUGUUUACCCAACCCCUAUAACUGCUUUCAUUUUCUCUGAUUCAGAUUUAGGAAGUGGACAAAAAUUUAAUGUAUUCAUUAACUCACGUGUCUUUGUCGAUUUCCCGCAUUUGCUUCACGCAGUUCUCUUUCCCGUGAAGUGAUGUAUCAGCAAAUGCCAUUAUUUCAACAUUCUCCAUUUGCCAUGUGAAAAGCUUCGUUCUGAUUGGUGCAUUUCUGUAGAGUUGCAUCGAGCGUUUAAUGUACACCUCUGCAUUCUUUUUACGUAGUGAUGCAUAUAGUUCAUCCACCUUACUCGCUGAAAUAUCAUUAAAUUAAUAAUUCAAAUAAAACUGAACACCGAAAAAAAAGAAUUAUCUGUCACAUUAUUUUUAUAGGUUAUGCCUCAGUCACAUUUGAUCUACGACAACCAUACAGCAGCUGUAGCUUCCAAAAAUUAAUAGAAUUAUGCAGCAUAAAAC